AUGGGCUUUAGUCAAGAUGAGUUAACAUUCGUGAGGAAUGGCAUAGCCAAAGGGUGCCGAGCUGAUCUAAGGAAAAGUAAAGAAGAAAGGGAAACAUGUGUUACUCAUGCAUCCAUAGCACAAAGUGAUGGAAAUGUUAGGGUUAAACGCGGAUGGUCGGAGAUAGAGGUAUCUAUCCAGUUUAAAGAAACACAGGAGACCCUGGGGGCCUCAAAUAUAUCUGAGGAAAUUCUUAAUGUAAAAGAGCAACAUGCAGAAUCGAUAGAGUUUUCUAAAAUUGCAAUUCCAGACAUUAUCAUUUCAAAGAUCCUUGAAUUGCUAGAUUCAUAUAAAAUAGGCAUAAGGAUAGAGCUUAAUAUAUUGAGUAACGAUGGAAAUAUAUAUGAUCUGUUUUUCAUUGGGCUUGGAACUCUGCUCAAAAGCUUGGAUGUUCCUAUUAUAGAUGAUUUGAAAAGAACGGAAAAACGGGAAAUAGACAUUCCAAUUUCAAAAACAGUUGCUUUAUUUAACAAUGGCCACUUUGUGAUGGACCCAACGAUGAUAGAGGAAGAGGCAUCAUGUGGAUUGAUGCAUAUAUUUGUCAGUAAUGAAGGUAAACUGAUGGGAUGCCUAUCUGAAGGAGAUUGUGAUAUUGAGAAGGGAUCAUUCAUAAAUAUUAUACAGGAGAUUUCUAUCUAA